GAUUGGAACAAGAGAAGCAGACCAAGAGCAGUCAACAAGCCUCCUUUGUGGAUUUUGAGUUGGACUCUAGUUUUUGUACUGGAGUGGACUCGGAGCUGCCGAGUACUGUGGGACUGGAGAGGAUGGACUUGGUUGAGCUUGAGAAGAAACAGGAGCGGGAUGGACUUGUCAUGACAAAUUGCACUAAUGAGGAGAAACGACAGGGCAGAAAGGGAAGACGUAAGAUGGAGGUUGAGUCAGGAUCCGUACACGAAGGGGCAGGAAGACAAGCAAAGAGUCUACAAGUAGAGCGUUGCCGUGGCUCCGUGCAGCCUGUACGUGAGAGCUGGGAUCAUGUAUACAUCUCCCUGGAGGAGGUUGAAAAAUACUCCAGAUUUUCCCGCUACUGCCACUGGUUGUGUGAUGAGAUCAUGCAAUUGGACAGCAGUCCCCUCCGUGCUGCUGACAUCACUCCUGAACUCAGGAGGCAGUUCGCUUUUCUUUCAGGCGGCAGAGGAGACAACGGCAGUCCCAUCAUCGUGUUCCCAGAAUUCCCAUCCUUCGGCGAGAUCACAGACAGAGAAUUUCACAAUGUGCUCACCUACCUGACAAGUGUACCCAGUUUGCCAUCAACGGACGUGGGCUUCAUACUGGUCAUCGAUCGUCGGCAGGACCGAUGGGCGGCCGUCAAAGGGACCCUGCUUCGGAUUGCGGGCGCGUUCCCUGGAAACCUCCAGCUGGUUCUGGUCCUGAGGCCCACCACUCUCCUCCAACGCACACUCUCCGACAUCCUCUUUAAGUUCAACAAGGAUGACUUCAAAAUGAAAGUGCCUGUGAUCAUGCUGAGCUCGGUGAGUGAGCUUCACUCUUACAUUGACCACACGCAGCUGAGCCAGGACCUUGGGGGAACGCAGGCGUACUGUCACGAGAAGUGGAUCACUCACCGUACCGCUAUUGAGGGCUUUGCAUUGAUGGUGAAGAAAAUGGCCCAAACCUUGCAGUCGUUCGGCACUGAGUUGGCUGAAACAGAACUCCCCAAUGAGGCUCAGGCCACCACCCUCCUCCUCAGUGCACACAGCUGCAAAAAAGACCAGAUGAAGGAUGAUCUGCUGGUGGCUCUGAGCCAAGGCGGCAGGCUGUUGGAGAGCAUCAAUGAACCCCUGAAGCACAACCCUGACCACAGCAUGAACCAGGAUGAACUGGAGAACCUGGCAACAGUGCAGAGGCUGCUGUCCCAGUUGGAUGAGACCGAAAGGGCUUUUGAUGAGUUCUGGGGGAAGCACCGAGCCAAACUGGAGCAGUGUCUCCAGCUGCGCCACUUUGAGGAUGACUACAAGGAGGUGAGACUUCUGCUCGAUCGGCUGUCUGAGAAACUGACCACCUUCUCUGAGGUGAGGAUCAGCCACGCCCACGCUGACCAUGUCCUCAGUGAUCUCACCGCCUACGAGGAGAGAGUCUGCGAGGCAUUGGACAGAGCGUUGGCUUUGGCCGGUGAAGGCGAUGACCUCGUCCAGAAGGCUCACUACGCUCAGGAUUCCAUUGUGCCGAAAAGCAGCGAGCUCCGAGCACUCUGCCAGGAACUGAGCGACAACUUGAAGGCGAAGAAGGAGCUGCUCCUCAAAGCCCGAGAGCUGCAUCGCUGCUUGGAGAGAGCUUCAAAGUGGUGCGAUGAUGGGAUUUACCUGCUGGCCUCUCAGCCCGUGGACAAGUGUCAAUCACAUGAGGGAGCUGAAUCAGCUCUGCAGGAGCUGGAGGGGUUUCUGGCGGACGCAGGCCAGGACCGACUGUCGGACCUGAAUAGCAUCUGGACGGAUUAUGAGGCAGUGCUCGACCAGCACCUCAGGGACCAAGUGGAGAAGGUGUUUCAAAAGCAGGCGUCAAUGCAGGAGAUGUUUGACAAGAGGAGGGUCAGCCUGAACAAGCUGGCAGCCAAGCAGACCAGGCCAGUGCAGCCGGUUGCACCCAGACCCGAAGCCUUCAUCAAAUCUCCUCUCAGUUCACCCGCCCACCGAGGUAAACUGGAUCGAAGCCACUCUGAGGGAAGCAACGAAAGCUGUAACAAAGGAGAGAGGCAACUGCAGAACGGAGAGGGUAAACAUAGACACGGCUCUUUGUCGGAGGAGGAGGAGAACCUGGCAGUGCUCAGAAGGCACGUCAUGAACGAGUUGCUGGAAACGGAGAGGGCUUAUGUGGAGGAGCUGCUGUGUGUCUUACAGGGUUAUGCCUCUGAGAUGGAUAACGCAGCCAUGGCGCACCUCAUCCCUCCCCAUUUGCAGAACAAAAAGGAGGUUUUGUUUGGCAACAUGCCAGAAAUCUACCACUUCCACAAGAGGACGUUUCUCAGGGAGUUGGAGCUGUACGCGGACUGUCCAGAGCUAGUUGGAAGAUGUUUCCUGGAAAGGAUGACAGACCUGCAGAUCUACGAGAAGUACUGUCACAACAAGCCUCGCUCCGAAAGCCUCUGGAGGCAGUGCUCAGACUCAAUCUUCUUCCAGGAGUGUCAGAAAAAGCUGGAGCAUAAACUUGGCUUGGAUUCCUAUUUGCUGAAGCCUGUGCAAAGAAUUACAAAAUACCAACUGCUGUUGAAGGAAAUGCUAAAGUACAGCAAGGGCUGUGACGGCACAGAUGACCUGCAAGAGGCUCUGACGUCCAUCUUGGGCAUACUGAAGGCUGUCAAUGACUCCAUGCACCUCAUCGCCAUUACAGGAUAUGAGGGCAACCUGAGUGAGUUGGGCAAGCUGCUGAUGCAGGGCUCGUUCAGCGUGUGGACGGAACACAAGAAAGGCCACGCUAAGGUCAAGGACCUGGCCCGCUUUAAGCCCAUGCAGAGACACAUCUUCCUGCACGAGAAGGCCCUGCUCUUCUGUAAGCGGAGGGAGGAGAGCGGGGAGGGUUACGAGAAGGCGCCCUCCUACAGCUUCAAGCAGUCACUCAGCAUGAACGCUGUGGGUAUUACCGAAAACGCCAAAGGAGACAACAAGAAGUUUGAAAUCUGGUGUAACUCCAGAGAAGAGGUCUACAUUGUGCAGGCACCAACGGCUGAAGUGAAAACAACCUGGGUGAAGGAGAUCAGGAAAGUUUUGACAACUCAACUGGAAGCAUGCAGAGAAGCAAGUCAACAGAGGGCGCCAGAUCAGAUUAUCCAAUGUCCCUCGGUGGCAGGAGCACCGGAGAAUUUUAGUCCAUUCAAGAUGCGACAGAGGAGUUUGAAGAAAGGAGACGAGAGGAAAGCCGAACACUGCAGCUUUGACGCUAAUUCCUCUCCUUCGCCGAAGUCAGCAGGAAAAGAGAGAGCUACAAGCCCUACCUCAGACAGAAGUGCUGCAGCUAAAAAGCGCUUUACUUUACAGGGCUUCAGUAACCUCAAAGCUCAGAAAGAGCCGCCGAGCACAGAUGAUAAAAGUUUCACCUUGCCCAUCACCAUUUUGCCGUGUCCAGGAUCGCCGACCAGCCCGGAUCACAAGACUAAGCGUCAGAGUGACCCGACGCCGUUCGGCUUUCAAGAUGCGAGUCCCCCCCACGCACCCCUCCACCUCAGCAAAAACAGGUGGUCGAGCACCUGUAGUCUUUUACAAACCAAGUUGAGAGGCUGGAACAAGGCCUCUCUCUCGAUGGACGCGUCGGAGGAGCACGAAGGCUACUCCAGCGGUGAGGAUCCUCUCAAAUCUGACCCAGAGGACGACAGCGCCAAGAAGCUGUACACCGGUAAAUACACGGCAACGGGCGACUACGAGAAGGUUUCCAGUCAAGAGGUGGCGGUGAAAAGCGGAGACGUAGUAGAGCUGGUGAAGGAGGGGGAGAAUGGACAGUGGUUAGUGCGUAACCUGAACACCUCCACAGAGGGCUGGAUGGCCACUGCGAAUUUGGUUAGCCUCAUUGCAAAGUCCAAGUCAUGCCAGUCACUCACCAGCUCAGAAGGCAGCGGGUCAGGACACCUCAGCACAUCAUCCAGUUGCAGCGAAACCUGCACGCCUUUCACGGACGUCAAAUCCUGAGCUGGCCAGCACGUCCCUCGUGUGGGUCCACGUCACUCUCUCCCUCCUAAACAUCUUGUGGCUGUCUGUACCGUCCGUAUUUGCUAACAUUGAUAUCUCCCAUUAAAACCAGCAUUUUUUUUCAAUCAUCCACACAAAAGCACGUUGUGCCCCAAACAGGAGGAACAGAGGUUUAUUUUAAUGGCGUACGGUAUUCCUGUAUGUCAAGAUGAUGUUAUAGAUGUUAACGGGCCAGCAGGACUGAUCUCAGUUAAUGCAUCUAUCAGUGCAUGUGGACCAACCCCAUCACAUCACACAGAAGCUAAUUCCACUGUGAGAGCACACAAAAGGUUGGCAGUUACAAACAGCUAAUUUAGCUGCUGUAUUACAUAUUUUAUAUUUAUUUGUAAGAAACGCAACAAAAAACACAAAUAUUACGUUGGUCACUUUCCCUUCUAAUAUCUUAUUUUUCUACUACUUGUUUGUCCUUCUCUGUCAUUAGAAUAUUUUUCCAUCAUCCAUUUGUGUGUUACAUGUUCACCAGUCUACAAGAAGAAAAUGUGGAUAAACAGGUGACUUGACUUGUAUAGUGCUAACUUAUUCCUUUCAUGCUCUGAAUGUAGAUAUUGUUUAUUAAUGCCUGUCAUGAGAUAUUUAUUAUUGGAGCUGCUAUAUUGUACAUUAUUUAUGGUGAUGUCACUGCCCUGUGACUUUUUAAAAAAAUAUAUAUGUAUAAAAAGAAAACUUGAUUCUUAACUCAUGUUUUGUUGAUAUUGUGUGAGGAUAAAUAUUUCAAAAUAAAAGCCAAUAAGAAAAAAA